CCGCAUUAGAUAGAUGUUGUUGAUUAUUGAGUAUCAUCAACUGGAGCCAUUUACAGCCACUCCUCGAGAUAAUAUUCUUCAGAGACAUGAGCUUUUGGAAAUUCUCGCCAAAGACCCGGGAGCAACCACAACUUGGUUUAGUUGUCUAUGUCAACAAUGAUCAACUUGGUGUUCCUUGCAAGCAUGAAACUAUGCACAAUUUUAAAUCAUAUAGCUGUCCACAUGUUGGGUCGGAGUGCGCUAUGGUGUUUCUUCAUUUGGCACUUCAUUUAUAUGAGGCAGUGACUAGGCAAAAUCUCAGGCAUCCUCGUUUUGACGCUUACCAGGAUGGAUUAUAUGCUGGGGGUGAUUAUCAGAUGGUUGAAAUUUGUUUCAACAUUCAUAGAUAUGAAAUUUUGUCUGCUAUGGAUAAUGUCUACACAUGCAUAAACCCAUUCAAAGUUCUAUUCUGGUGGAGGACUGCAUUGAUUUACCAAACACUAGAAGAGGAGUAUAGUACACUAAUUCAUGGUCCACCAUAUCAAGCUUGGCUAAUAGUUCUAGCAAAUAAAAAGAGGGUCAUCGGAGAUUAUUGGGCUAAGCAGGCCCUAAAGAAAGUGUUGGUUUGGCAUCAUGACUUCAUUAACCUUCUGAAAGAUAAAUGUGUCACCAAAGAGAGUGAGAAGAACAGUGCAUAUGCAAAGGAAGUUGAUAUUAUUUUAUGGAUUCGUAUGACUUUGGCUGAUGGGUUCGACUUCUACAGAGCAAGGUUCUUGCAACAAAUAACAUUACUCUACCCGAACCUUGAGGACAAGGUUCUUUUUGAGGCGGGAGGAUUCACAUUGGAUGUUUUCCAGCCAGACUCCACAUCUGUUUUAUCAAGUAUAAAGUAUCACGCAGAGUUCACGCCAUCAUUCUCUCCUGAGAAGUUUGAACUUCCCAAGGCAUACUAUGCGACUGCAGAGAGCGUUCGCGAUAUGCUCAUUAUAAAUUGGAAUGCAACAUACGAUCUCUAUGAAAAGAUGAAUGCGAAACAGGCAUAUUAUUUGUCUAUGGAGUUCCUUCAGGGAAGAGCUUUACUUAAUGCAGUUGGAAACUUGGGGCUAACCGGACCUUAUGCAGAGGCUUUAACUAAGCUUGGAUACAGUUUAGAAGACGUGGCCAGGCAGGAACCAGAUGCAGCUUUAGGGAAUGGAGGCUUAGGAAGACUUGCUUCUUGCUUUCUGGAUUCAAUGGCGACGCUAAACUACCCUGCAUGGGGUUAUGGACUUAGAUACCGAUAUGGCCUUUUCAAACAGCUUAUUACAAAAGAUGGCCAGGAGGAAGUUGCUGAAAAUUGGCUUGAGAUGGGAAAUCCAUGGGAAAUUGUGAGGAAUGAUAUUUCAUAUCCUGUAAAAUUCUAUGGGAAGGUCAUUGAAGGAGCUGAUGGGAGGAAGGAAUGGGUUGGAGGAGAAGAUAUAACUGCUGUUGCCUAUGAUGUCCCAAUACCAGGAUAUAAUACGAAAACAACGAUUAACCUUCGACUGUGGUCAACAAAGCUAGCUGCCGAAGCUUUUGAUUUACGUGCUUUUAACGAUGGAGACCAUGCCAAAGCAUAUGAGGCCCAGAAAAAGGCUGAAAAGAUUUGCUAUAUCUUGUAUCCAGGUGACGAUUCACUUGAGGGAAAGACGCUUAGGUUGAAGCAACAAUACACACUUUGUUCUGCUUCUCUUCAGGACAUUAUUGCACGGUUCGAGAGGAGAUCAGGGAAUACGGUUAACUGGGAUCAGUUCCCUGAAAAAGUUGCAGUACAGAUGAAUGACACACAUCCAACACUUUGCAUACCAGAAAUAUUAAGGGUGUUGAUGGAUGUUAAAGGUUUGAGCUGGAAGCAGGCAUGGGAAAUUACUCAAAGAACUGUGGCGUACACUAACCACACUGUUCUACCUGAGGCACUGGAGAAAUGGAGUUUGACACUUCUUCGGGAACUGCUUCCUCGGCACGUGGAGAUCAUAGCAAUGAUAGAUGAGGAGCUCUUGCAUACUAUAGUUGCUGAAUAUGGUACUGAAGAUCUUGACUUGUUGCAAGAAAAGCUAAACCAAAUGAGGAUUCUGGAAAAUGUUGAAAUACCGAGUUCUGUUUUGGAGUUGCUUAUAAAAUUCGAGGAAGGCAAAGAACAAGCAGAAGAACCAAAGGUAGAAGAAACACAAGAAGAAGGAGGUAAAGAUGACACUAAGGAUGAGGAAACUGAGGCUGUAAAAGCAGAAACUACGGCCGAAGAGGAAGAAACUGAGGUUAAGAAAGUAGAUGCGGAGGAGCCUCAAGCAAAAAUAGCACGGAUAUUUGGGUCGGAUCCAAAUGGACAACAAGUGGUUCGCAUGGCAAAUCUAUGUGUAGUUGGUGGGCAUGCAGUUAAUGGUGUUGCUGAGAUUCAUAGUGAAAUAGUUAAAAAGGAAGUUUUCAAUGAAUUUUACGAGUUAUGGCCAGAGAAAUUCCAAAACAAGACAAAUGGCGUAACACCAAGAAGAUGGUUAAGUUUCUGUAACCCAGAGUUGAGUGACAUUAUAACUAAGUGGACAGGAUCUGAUGAUUGGUUAGUAAACACUGAAAACUUGGCAGAGCUUAGAAAGUUUGCUGAUGAAGAAGAACUCCAGUCAGAGUGGAGGAAGGCAAAAAGAAGCAACAAAAUGAAGAUUGUCUCUCUCAUUAAAGAAAAAACUGGAUACGUUGUCAGUCCUGAUGCAAUGUUUGAUGUUCAGAUCAAGCGCAUUCAUGAGUAUAAGCGGCAGCUAUUAAAUAUAUUCGGAAUUGUUUAUCGCUAUAAGAAGAUGAAAGAAAUGAGCCCUGAAGAGAGAAAAGAAAAGUUUGUCCCUCGAGUUUGUAUAUUUGGAGGAAAAGCAUUUGCUACAUAUGUUCAGGCCAAGAGGAUUGUAAAAUUUAUCACCGAUGUCGGGGCAACAGUGAAUCAUGAUCCUGAGAUUGGUGAUCUUUUGAAGGUUGUCUUUGUCCCUGAUUACAAUGUCAGUGUGGCAGAAGUGCUAAUUCCUGGCAGUGAGCUGUCCCAGCAUAUUAGCACUGCUGGUAUGGAGGCUAGCGGAACCAGCAACAUGAAAUUUGCAAUGAAUGGCUGCCUCCUCAUUGGGACGUUAGACGGUGCCAAUGUUGAAAUAAGGGAGGAAGUUGGAGAGGACAAUUUCUUUCUCUUUGGAGCUCAGGCUCAUGAAAUUGCUGGCCUACGUAAGGAAAGAGCCGAGGGAAAGUUUGUACCGGACCCUAGAUUUGAAGAAGUAAAGGCAUUUGUUAGGACAGGCAUCUUUGGCCCCUACAACUAUGAAGAACUCAUUGGAUCCUUGGAAGGAAAUGAAGGCUACGGCCGUGCUGACUAUUUUCUUGUAGGAAAGGAUUUCCCUGACUAUGUAGAGUGCCAAGAUAAGGUUGAUGAAGCAUAUCGAGACCAGAAGAAAUGGACCAAAAUGUCGAUCUUGAACACAGCUGGAUCGUCCAAGUUUAGCAGUGAUCGAACAAUUCAUCAAUACGCAAGAGAUAUAUGGCAGAUUGAACCUGUUGAAUUACCUUAAAGUUAGCCAGUUAAAGGAUGAAGCCAAUUUUUUCCGGAGGUUCUUCUCCCUAUUUGUUCCUUUCUAUUAUUUCUUGUUACUACUGCUUUCUUUUUAUCUUUUCUUGAGCCGGGGGUCUAUCGAAAACAACCUCUCUACUUUUUAGGUAGGGGUAAGGUCUGCGUACACACUACCCUCUCCAGACCCCACUUAUAUUGGGUUUGUUCUUCUUCUUCUUCUCCCUAUCCAUAAAGAUGGUAAAAUCUUGCCAACUCUUGUUGCCAUAACAGAAGCCCCUAAGCUACUGAAAUUUAAUCAUGUGUUAAGAGAACACUUGAAUUUUAUUGGCAAUAAGAGCUGAUUCCAUUUUAAAUUA